ACAUUUCUCUAAAUCCACAACAUGGAUGAGUAUGAAGUGAUUAAAAUGAUUGGAGAAGGAUCCUUUGGCAAAGUAUUCUUGGCUAAAGGAAAGGAUAACAAUCAACCAUGUGUUAUCAAGGAGAUCAAUUUAACAAAGAUGCCAAGAAAAGAAAAAGAAUGCUCUCUGAAAGAAGUCGCUGUUCUGUCCAAAAUGAAGCACCCUAAUAUAGUAGCUUUCUACACUGCCUUUCAAGAGAAAAAUAAGUUAUAUAUUAUUAUGGAAUAUUGUGAUGGAGGUGACCUUAUGAAGAGGAUAAUUUUGCAGUGUGGAGUUUUAUUUGAUGAAGACAAGAUCUUGAGUUGGUUUGUGCAAAUCUCCUUAGGACUGAAGCAUAUACAUGACAGGAAGAUUCUGCACAGAGAUGUAAAAGCACAGAACAUUUUCCUCAGCAAUAACGGAGUGAUAGCAAAACUUGGAGACUUUGGGAUUGCGAGAAUGCUGAGCAAUACUAUGGAAUUUGCUCGGACCUGUGUAGGAACACCAUAUUACUUGUCACCUGAAAUCUGUGAGAACAAGCCAUAUAACAACAAAACAGAUAUAUGGUCCCUUGGCUGUGUAUUAUAUGAACUCUGUACUUUAAAGCACCCUUUUGAAGGCAAGAGUUUGCCUCAACUUGUGCUGAAGAUCUGCAGAGGCUAUUUCACACCAGUAUCUAUGAAGUAUUCAUGUGAAUUAAGAACUUUAGUAUCGCAGCUGUUUAAAACAUCUCCAAGAGAUCGCCCUUCUAUCAACUCCAUUUUGAAAAAGCCCUUUUUGGAGAAGCAAAUAAAGAAUUUUCUGCCCCCUGAGAUCAUGGAGGAAGAAUUCAGCCACACCGUCAUUCACAGAAAAAAGGUCUCUAGAUUCACUGCCAUCAGGCAAGCUGCUCCUGAAGUUCAGAAAUCAAGAAUCCAUGAUCAUCAUUCACCCAAAAUCAAGCUGGAGAUGCUGCCAGAAAAACAAGACAUAAUGUAUGAAAAUGAAUGGAAAGCUCCUUCAAGGCCCCAGGAUCCUAUUAAUCAGCCCUGGGGUCCUCGGUUGAAGAUGUGUGGAAACAGAAGCUGCCAGAAUGAGGGGCACUAUGCCCAUUAUUAUAUGAAACUUGAAAACUUACAGAAAAGGCCCUUUGAGCAGGGUGAUGAUCCUCGUAUCAGUGAAAGAUUGGAAGAGUAUUAUAAGCAAAAAGGACAAAAACCACCACCUCCACCACCUCACUGGCCUGCAGAAUAUCUUCAGAGACGACACAAUGCGCAGCAGUACAAGAUAAAAGUAGAGAAGCAACUUGGAUUGCGCCCAUCUUCUGCUGACCGGCAGAAUUUUCAAAUGCAGAAUCAGGAGAUGAAGGAAGAGCAGUUGAGAGCUCUUGCUCAAAAAAAUAAAAUGAAAGAACAGGAAUACCUGAAACAGCUGCAGAAGAUUCGCCAGCAGUACCACAGUGAAGUAAAUGAAAUUAGACGUAAAGCAGAAUCUCUAGAGGAGAAUAAAAAUAUAAAGGACAAAACAUAUAUUGUGAAACAGAGAAAGACUGAGAACCAACCUACUUAUAAUUAUAUUAUUCCUGGAAGACAAGAUGAACCAGUUCAGGAUCUUGAGCAAAACCUGAAACAAAUUGGAGUACAUAACUGGCAGGAGGAAAAUUUCCUUGAAAGACAACACAAAGCAAAGGGAGGUGUAAAGUUUCAGAUUGAUCUGAAAGAUGGUGUUUCAGAUUUCCAGAAAGAGAAAGAGGAAUGUGAUAAACUGAAUGAAGCCUUAACUUUUGAAGAUGGAGAAAACCUUAAGAAAAAACUGACAAACUUCUGUGAUGAUUAUAUAGACAAAGCACUGCUAGAACUACAGUGUUGGGAAACAGGUGUGGUGACAAUGAGAUGAUGCCACAGUAAACAGAAACACUGGCAAACAUCAGUCCCACAGACUCUUCUGAAUCUUCUAGAAAAUGCAGAUAUUUCCUCUACAUCGACUACCAUGGAUGAAGCAGUGGGCCAGGUUACCUUGAUGCCUCCAGAAUUCCAUGAAAACAGGAGAAAAUGGAGCCAAGAACCACCCGGGACACUAAUGAACAUGCUAGCUGAAGCAGAAUGCUCCAGUGACACUUUGUGCCAAGCCGAAGAACACAAGGAGACAGUAACCCCAUGCACUCCAAAAAACGAUAAAGCUGAUUCAGAAGCGAGUUCUGAUUCAGAAGUGGAUGCUGCUGUUGAAGUGGAUGAAGAAAGGCUUGAUCCAAGAUCUGAUGACGACGAUACUAACUUUGAAGAAUCUGAGGAUGAAUUGAGGGAUGAACUGGUAGAAUCCCUGGAAAAAGUAGUAACAUCUCUUCAAGAGGAGAUUAUAAAAGCCCCAGCUAAAACAGAAGACACAGAUCAACUGAAAAAAGAAGCAGCAUCCAAUGGUAACCUUAAAUCCAUUGAAAGUUUGGAAGAGGAUAGUAACCUGACUGAAGACAAACAGGAAGGAACUAUCAGUUAACACUCUCUUGGGGAAUAGUUCCUUAAGAAUGACUGGUAGCUAGUGGAAUGUGUUUUAAGAAAUGGUUAUCUCUUUGUAGGCUUAUCAACAACUAUUUGGGACCAUAAUUACAGAGGUGGGAGGUACGGUCCAGGUAGUGCAAGGCAGUUCAGUUUAACAAACUUUACAUGACUGGUCCCCUGCCUUCCUGCAUUUUGACAUUAUCCCCACAGCCUUUACAACAUUUAGUUCCUCAUUCUCCAGUUGCACAUUAUAAUGUUACUUAGAUAUAAAAACAUCAUUAGGGAUUUGCAGCCUAGAACAAGUCGACAUCUUGAUAUGGAAGCACUUUAUUAAUCUUUUCCCCACAAGUCUUACUCAGCUAGAGACCUUGCAGCAUAGCCUAUAG